UCUCCCCAAACGCUCCCCCCCUCUCGGCCAGCCACGACCUCCAGCCACGACGCCCUCCGCCGACCACCGCACCUAACGCACUGGAGACCCACCCACCGCGGCCGGCACGGCACAGAACCAGCUCCGCCGACGAACCCGUCCAUCAGCUUCCACCAUAACGGUUCGCAUUUUUCCUCCCAAACCCAUUUUCUCUGCACCCCGGCUGCACUAUGCGUCCUCUCCUCUCCCCACUGUCACCGUCGCCGACGACCACCUCCUUAUGGCGUUCCCAGCGAUGCCCAGAAGGAGGUGAGCCAAGCUCGUACGUCGUCGUACCUGACGAAUCUGAAAGUUGGGCGGCAACCCAGACAUAACCUUCUCCUUCUUCACAGAAUCAAUGUGUCCCUUUCCAUUCAAACACAACCACCUCGCGUAGCGGCUCGGCUAUCCGGUGAAGCCGCGAAGCACGUCCUCGCUGCUCUCCUUCAGAAAAGAAAAUAUCGGAAAUCAGACAGCGGAAAACGCUGUACUAGCUCUCCUCCUCCUUUUCCUUUCGCCGCCGGUGGGUCUCCUUGUCCAUAUUAUCACCGUACAGCCUACCAGUCUCGUCGCCCUCCGUUGCCUCCACGAAGACCCUGUCACUUGUCCGUACCGUACAGUCAUUUGUGAGUGCGUACGGCACUGACUGUUUCUUGAACUCGAGGGGCGAGAGUUGGGCCUUUGUACUUUUUGAAGUUGAAGGCUUUUUGCCUUUUGAUCACUGAAAAUAUUCUCGCGUAGCGGCUUGGCUAGACGCGACAAAGAGAGAAAGAGAGCUAACAAAGCGGACCAGAGGGAAAGAGAAACAGAGAAGUGAGUUAAGCUAUGGCUGCGCUUUUAGAACCAGAAAGCCCAUCGCCGAGCAUCUACAUACCCGAGGAGUGGUCCGAGGCCGCAGACUCGAUAGCAUACGACUCGCUCACUUCGCCGCCUCCAAUUGCUCUUAUCUGCGGCGCCAAAAACUCUGGCAAAACCACCUUCUCCCGCUACCUCCUCAAUGUCCUUCUAGAGAGGUAUAAGAAAGUAGCUUAUUUGGAUACAGAUGUUGGUCAGCCCGAGUUUACUCCUCCUGGUUUUGUAUCCCUCACUCUAGUUGACAAACUAACUCCAGAUUUGACGAUCCCAUGUCUGAAGACACCAGAGAGAUGCUUUUUCUUUGGUGAUGUCUCUUCAAAAAGGGAUCCAACGGCAUACUCAAAUGCUGUAUUUACCCUAUGUGAUUACUAUCGAAAGGAUUAUUGUUUGUCCAACAAGAACGAAAACCCUACUAAGACUGAAUUGCCUCUUGUCGUAAAUACUCCUGGCUGGGUGAAAGGUGUUGGUUAUGACAUAUUGGUGGAUAUGUUGAAAUACAUUGCUCCCACCCAUGUAGUUAAAAUAAACAUAUCUGCUGAGAGUAAGAAUCUACCAGCUGGGGCAUUCUGGUUAGAUGAGGAUUGUGAUGGGAUGAUUAAUCUAAUUGAAAUCAAUUCAGCUCGUCAGGAUUCUUAUAACAGAUCGGUGCUAGUGCAAAAGGAUGCACGGCUUUUACGCGAUUUGCGUAUAAUGGCAUAUUUCAGGCAGUGCUUUCCUAGUAACCUGAAUAUCACCACUAUCAAAGAACUUGCGCAUGCACUUGCCUCUCACUCUCCUUAUGAACUUCCAGUGUCAAGUAUCAAGAUCAGACAUCUCCAUUGCCAGGUCCCAAGUUCUGAGCUAUUUUUCAGUUUGAAUGCAACCAUUGUUGGCUUGGCGGUUGGCUCUGAAGACCCUGAAAAGUUGCCCUUGUGUGUUGGUCUUGGGAUAGUGAGAGGCAUUGACACUUUUAAAGGUUUGCUAUAUGUGAUCACACCUGUCCCUCAGAGCACUCUCGAAAAGGUUGAUAUUUUUCUGCAGGGGUUUAUCCAAAUUCCUACUUGCUUGUUGCAGGUCCAGGGAUGCAUAUCACCUUACAUGUCUGCAAAUGUUUUCUCUACAAGCUAGCUCUUAAUCUAGUGAUGAUACCCAAGUAUAAUCUUUUAGGAUCUCCUUGUUGGUCACUAAGCUAAUUAAGUUCCCCAACCACGCAAGAGAUGGGCACAGCAGAAGCCAGUUUUAUAUGGUUUCAAUAGACAUCAGAGACUCUUUGACUCUUGUAUUUGAAUGAAAUGUCAAUCCUGUGGAUUAUUCUCAUCUAUUAUAUUAAUGGCGAUGAAAUUUAUGGA